GGCUAUUAUUUAAUUCCCAAAGCACGCAGAACGGAAGCCAAAAUUCCUCUCAUCCCGUCUUCCCUGCUUCCCUUCGCCCAAUCUGCUGCUUCUUCCUAAUCAACUCCAACUGAGUACUGACCUUCAAUAGAAGCUUUUAUUACAUUCAAUUUCAGAUGAGUCUGGUAACGGAUUCUCCAGUUCACUCUUCUAGUAGUGAUGAUUUCGCUGCUUUUCUUGACACGGAGCUUGAUUCCAAAUCCUCUGCCUCUUCGGCUAGUGAUGAAGAAACUCCCAAUCAACGCCAUUCUGACUCUGCUGCCUCCUCUUCACCAGAUCAAGAUAAAGAAGCUGAAGAAGAUGAUGACUCCGACUUUCAAAGCAAGAGGGUAAAAAGGUCUAAGGUGGAGACUCUGGAAAUUGUGGAGGAUGACGGGGGAACUACUUCUUUUGCGUCUCUAAAGCACAACUCAGAGGCGUCAAUCAGCAAGGAAAUAUGCACACAUCCAGGAUCAUUUGGAACUAUGUGUAUUGUCUGUGGGCAAUUGUUGGAUGGAGAAUCUGGUGUGACAUUUGGGUAUAUACACAAGGGAUUAAGGCUUGGUAAUGAUGAAAUUGUUCGAUUGCGCAACACUGAUAUGAAGAAUUUGUUACGUCAUAAGAAACUCUACUUGAUUCUUGAUCUAGAUCAUACACUGCUUAAUUCUACCCAGCUUAUGCAUAUGACCUUAGACGAGGAAUAUCUAAACGGUCAAACGGAUUCACUGCAAGAUGUUUCAAAAGGCAGUCUCUUUAUGUUGAGCUCCAUGCAAAUGAUGACUAAGUUGAGGCCUUUUGUGCGUACGUUUCUCAAAGAAGCAAGUCAGAUGUUUGAGAUGUAUAUAUACACUAUGGGUGAUCGGGCCUAUGCAUUGGAAAUGGCCAAACUGCUUGACCCUGGAAGAGAAUACUUUAAUGCUAAAGUCAUUUCACGUGAUGAUGGAACCCAAAGACAUCAAAAGGGUCUUGAUGUGGUCUUGGGGCAAGAAAGUGCUGUUCUAAUCCUUGACGAUACAGAAAAUGCUUGGAUGAAGCAUAAAGACAACUUGAUAUUGAUGGAAAGAUAUCACUUUUUUGCUUCAAGCUGUCAUCAAUUUGGAUUUAAUUGCAAAUCCCUUUCGGAGCAGAAGACGGACGAGAGCGAGUCUGAAGGUGCACUUGCAUCCAUUCUUAAGGUUCUACGGAAAAUUCACCAGAUCUUUUUUGAGGAAUUGGAAGAAAAUAUGGAUGGCAGAGAUGUGAGACAGGUGCUCAAAACGGUUCGCAAGGAUGUCCUGAAGGGAUGCAAAAUUGUAUUCAGCAGAGUUUUCCCUACCCAAUCCCAGGCUGAUAAUCACCACCUUUGGAGGAUGGCUGAGCAGUUGGGAGCUACAUGCUCAACAGAACUUGAUCCCUCGGUAACUCAUGUGGUCUCAAAAGAUUCUGGGACUGAGAAGUCACAUUGGGCCUUGAAGCACAACAAGUUCUUGGUCCAGCCAGGGUGGAUCGAAGCUGCCAAUUAUUUCUGGCAGAGGCAGCCCGAAGAGAAUUUCUCUGUCAACCAAAUUAAGAAUUGAUUACCACCAUCUUCAACCUGUCUGGUCAGAAUCUAACUAGUAUCUGGGCACUGCAUUUUGCAAACACUUCAUAAUUACUUGAACUUUACAUAGAAACAUGCCAAUCACAUCACAAGUUUUCAAAUAUUUGUCAAAGCUCCUACGAUGAAUUGAAUGUUGAAGCAUUAAGAUUCACCCUUUGGAUGCUGAAGGUUUGGAGCGAGGUUAGGGUGAUGCUAGAGUUAAAACCCAGAAGUAGACGUUAAUUACUCUUGGCAGGUGGGUGAGGGGUGAUAUCAUAGUCAAUGUUAUUGUCUGACUACUGAAACACUAACCCGCGAUGAUAGAUUUUGUAGAUGCACAAACUUUUGCCGACUUGUAUAUAUUCUUUGGUUAGAUCA